GUAGUAGUGAAUAGGAAACAUCUGCAGCGAGCGGACAAGUCCACGACGAGUGUCAUGCCGUGGCCCUGACCGACGUCUUCUCGUGCCUAAAAUCACCUUCGGGUGUUAUCCUUGCCUUUGGAACCUUCGACCUUCUUGUCGAAAACUUCCUUCAUUUAUUUAUUUAUAUAUUUUUUUUUAUUUCUUUUUCAAUCCUUCCCCAAGUUAUAGUAAGUUAUUCUUGUAUUUUUUAACUUCCAUACAUAUAUAUAUAUAUAUGUAUAUAUACAUACAUAUACCAAAUAUCAAUCUCGUGGUGUUUCCCCGAAACAAGAAUUUUUUUCUGCUUUAUCAAUCUUUAUACAAUGUUACAGUCUUACGUUGAAGACUAUUUGCCUUAUCUGGGAGGCGCAGCAGGUGCUCUUGUUCUCACGGGAGUUGCAGCGUAUUACGUCUCGAGACCGAUUCCGGAAACACCGCUGAUGCCUCUUGACUCACAAUCGAGACUUCUUCCGGGUGCUGAGCUGAUUAGGGUUUCAAAAUUCUACAAGGAUAGCAAGCAAGGUAAAUUCGUCAGUUACAUUCAUGAAGACACAAAAACUCUAUACGACGCUUUUCGAAAAGGAGCCAAAGAGUCAAACAAUGGACCAUGUCUUGGUUGGCGAGAGAACCCUAGCAAGCCCUAUCAAUGGAUUCAUUACAACGAAACACUUCUCAGGGCGAAGAAUUUUGGCUCCGGUCUCAUUUGUUGUGGAUUAUCACCUGGACCACAAACACUAGUUGGUCUUUAUAGUCAAAAUUGUCCCGAAUGGAUUCUCACUGAGCAAGCAUGUUAUUCAUAUUCAAUUGUCGUUGUUCCACUGUACGAUACAUUAGGACCCGAUGCAUGCGCAUAUAUUAUCAAUCAAGCUGACAUUAGUUUGGUUGUUUGUGAAGAUGACAAAAAAUGUAAUCUCCUUCUCGAUAAAGCUCCAAGAUGUUUAAGGAAAUUAAUAGUUAUAAAAGAAACGAGGCCUGCGACAAAUCAGAGGGCAAAAAAUCGUGGCGUUGAAGUUAUGAGGUUUGACGAUGUCGAAAGAAUUGGCUCACAAAAAAAUUAUCCUGAAUUACCACCAAAACCAUUGGAUCUUUGUACAAUUUGUUAUACAUCGGGAACAACGGGUAAUCCAAAGGGUGUAAUGUUAACACAUCAAAAUGUUAUGGCUGGUGUUUGUGCUGUAAUUCUACAAUUAGGUGAUCAUAAACCAAAUGCAACGGAUACAAUGAUCAGUUUUUUACCACUUGCACAUAUGUUGGAGAGAUGUUGCGAAAAUGGUAUGUACAUGGUUGGUGGUGCUGUUGGAUUUUAUAGUGGUGAUAUCAAAAGACUUUCCGACGAUAUGAAAGCAUUACGGCCAUCAGUUAUGCCAGCAGUACCGAGAUUAUUAAAUCGUCUUUACGACAAGGUACAAGCAGAACUUCAAAGUUCCUGUUUAAAGAGAAUGCUUUUCAAUAUGGGCCUGAGGGCAAAAGAGGGUGAAAUCAAAAAGUGUAUAAUAAGAAACAAUAGCUUAUGGGAUAAGUUGAUUUUCAAAAAAAUUCAAGAAGGAAUGGGAGGUAGAUUACGACUCAUGGUUGUUGGCUCAGCACCAUUAGCAGGAAAUGUUCUAACUUUCGCAAGAUGCGCUCUCGGUUGCCUUAUAGUUGAAGGCUACGGUCAAACCGAAUGCUGCGCUCCUGUUACUCUCACAAUUCAGGGAGAUUAUGUUCCUGAACACGUUGGACCACCGGUCGCCUGUUGCUGUGUGAAAUUAGUUGACGUACCGGAAAUGGAAUAUUACGCUAUAAACAAUCAAGGGGAAGUUUGUGUUAAGGGUACAAACGUUUUUAUGGGAUAUUUUAAGGAUCCGGAGAAAACGGCACAAGUCAUUGACGAAAUGGGUUGGCAUCACACUGGUGACGUUGGCAUGUGGUUGCCGAACGGAACGCUGAAGAUAAUUGACAGAAAGAAACAUAUCUUUAAAUUAUCGCAAGGUGAAUACAUUGUUCCAGAAAAAAUAGAAAACAUUUACAUUCGAAGCCAAUAUGUUCAUCAGGUCUUCGUUCAUGGUGAAUCGCUCAAGUCGUGUGUUGUCGCAGUUGUUGUUCCUGAUGUUGACGUUGUUAAAUGUUGGGCUCUAGAGAACAAAAUACCAGGCACACUUAGUGUUCUUUGCGCCAAUCCUGAAGUAAAAAGGUUAAUUCUCGAUGAUAUGCACUCGUGGGGAAAAGAAGCUGGCCUUAAAUCAUUCGAGCAGGUCAAAGACAUAUACCUUCAUCCAGAUCCAUUCUCAGUGCAAAAUGGACUUUUAACGCCGACGUUGAAAACAAAACGGCCUCAGUUGAAAGCUUAUUUUAAGCCACAAUUGGAGGAUCUUUAUCAACAACUAGACUGACCGGGUUGAGCAAAAUAUAUAUAUAUAUAUAUACUGUCUGAAUAAAAUCUUAACAGCACCAAUGCAGCAAUAAUGUCGCCACAUUUGCCAAUUUUCUCACGUCGCCUUUUUUUUAAAAAAAAAAGCGAUUCGCAUCUUUUUAUCAUGGAAAAGAAAAUAUUCAUCUUCUGAUAUAUAUCUUUUUAUUAUAUCUUUUUUUUUCUUCCUCAUCGGUACAUAGCGUCGUGAGACGAUCACAAAAAGAAUGCCAUUAAGGCUUCUGAUAAUAACGUGAUAGAUAAUAAUAAAAUCGAGAUAUUGUUAUAAGCUUGCUUAUUUCUUUUACAAAUUACAUUAUACAUUCACAAAUAACCAUCAACGUCUUAUUUACAAUUAAUUUUUCGCCUUCCUUUUUCUUCCAUUCACGUCAGUUAUGUACAAAAAAAAAAAACACAGAAGUACUCUUUUUACUCAAGUAUGUAUCUCCAAAAAAAAAUUUUAAAAAAGUGCGUUUGAAAGUGUAGUUUUAAAUAGUGAAGUGCAUUAGCGUAAUUAAAUAGUGAAACGAUCAUGUAUUUAUCGCGAGAAGUGAUUACAUUUUUUAUGAAAAGAAAACAGACACUGUUGAAUAAAAAAAAAAAAUAAAUAAAAACAUCCACAAGA